AUGGCCACCGCCUCGUCCUCCACUGCGUCGCCGGUGACCGAGAUGCCUGUACCUACCUCGUCCACCUCCGAGCCGCUCCCAUCAGCCGCGCCCGCGCGCCUUCGCCGCCGCUGCCGCAUUGUCCGCGAGGUGAGCUCGCGCUACCUCUCCACGCCGCUCCCGCCCCCGUCCCCACGCCUCUCGACCUCCUCGUUCCACUCCUCCAUGUUAGUUAAUCCUCGCGCCAGAUUUAGUUAG